ACCCAAUCGUCUCACUCCAUGAUGGCUUUGUACGCCCAGCUUUGGAAUGUGGGCACGUUUGCCGUGAUAUGGGCACUUUUCUUACUCCAUGUGGAUGGAAACUCUUUCAUGGCCAGCCAGUUAAUGGUGAGCAUUCCAGGGGAGGUCUCAUCCUUUCCAUUAGUCACUUCGACCGUUUGUGCCAUGCGGUGCCAUCAACUCCAUGGAGUUGGCUACAUAUAUAAGGAUGGUACCUGUGACGUCUAUGGGCUGAAUCAAGUAUAUUCCAGUAGAGAUGGGCGCAUCUUCCAGAGACUUUCUCUUCCGCCUCUGGCCUCCUUGGAAGAGAUAUCUCGAGGGAAACCAGCAGAAGGCUCUCUGCAAUUCGAAGACUAUACCCCCAAUUACGCCAUUGACGACUCGAACAUAACCAUGUAUCACAGCACUGAUGGCAUUGCCCGUGCAUGGUGGAUGGUGGAUCUCUUGCAGCACUGGAAGGUGUAUGCAGUUGAAAUCUUACCCAGAUACACUGAACUACAUACUGUUGGGAGAUUCCACAACGUAGAGAUUCGCGUUGGCACCACACCAAGAAACGGCGAAGACUUUUCCGCCUGGACUUUGCACGGGCAGUACGUAGGCCCUUACACUGUAGCACAAGGACGCCUCACAUUUAUGAAGAGUGGAGGCAGUUCUGGCAGGUACCUCGUCAUUCAGAAGGUGUCCAGCGAUACUGAUCAUCUGCAGAUAUGUGACGUCAAGGUGUAUGCAGAGCUUAUACAGUAGAUAUUCUACACUCCCCAUUGCAAGUCACAGAAAGAAUAGGAAAUUUGGAGUGAAUGAAGAUUAAAUGCGUACUCUGAUGAUCACUGAAGCAUGAAAAUCAGUUGAAAAGGGAUUUAAUUGACAUAGGUAUCAGCACUUGUCAGUAAUUAUUGAUAAAUGCUUAUGGGAAGUUA